GGGCUGGUAGGCAGCUUGUGGGGAUAGACUUCACAGCAGCUCUGGCCUCUCCCACUCGGAUCUGUUUCCUGGGCAUCCCUGAAGACCAGCAGACACGCAGGCUCAGCCCUCGCAGCAGCAAAACCACCCUGCUGAGUGCAUCUGUCCCCAGAGAGAGGGAGGGCACAGGCAGCACCCACAGAGUGCAGGGGGAGGGGGAGUCACUGUUCGUCCAGCAAGGGGAAAGGAACUGGGCUUGCUCUUCACAGAGAGAGACAGAAGACGUGAGAGCGUGGAGGAAGAAAAGCACGGUGAGAGAGAGAGAAAAGAAGGAGAGCUUGGUUGUUCUCUUGUGGAUCUUAAGUAUGCUCUGAACUGUGGAAUGGCUUUGACUGGAGAUCAAUGGAACUCUGAAGACAGGUCCUUUUCCUUGGAUUAGCUAUUUAGUGUCUUAAGUCUGUGGUGCAGAGAUUUCAAUUCAGUAGCAGACACAGUCCAUUCCUUGGGUAACACGUGGUUCGGCGAUGUGAAAUGACCUGGACACAACAUGGCAAUUACAGAUUAACAAAGUUAUUCUCCUUCAUGGCUCCAGAAACUGCUCGCCGUAGCCAGUAAUUUUAAAUUGGAUGUUGACAUGCCAAGACGCUUCACAAUGGAAAUGAACACGAUCACUGUGGAGUCAAAAACCAGCACCGGGAUUUCCCAAUCACCCGCUCUCACAGGACUGCUCAUAGGGUAACAUCUCCACCUUGGAUUUCACGCCACUCAGAGUUUUAUUGGAAUACUUUACAACGUCUAUUUUUUAUUGUAGAUAUUCUUUGAUUAAAUUGCACUUCACUGAGGAAAAUCCUUGGAGCCAGGAGGAUCUACCCAGUGUAGUACUUUCACUGGAAACCUGGAUUAGUCUGCAAUUCCCUGCUCUCUGCUCAGCCCCUGUGCUGAUGCAUCACCUCACUCCCACCAGGGGUCCUGCGAGUGACGCUGAGCUGCAGCCACAAGGAGGAGGCAGAACCUCUGACAGAGCGCAGGAGCAGCCGUCCCUGGGUCUUCUUCUCCCUUGAGCUCUGAAAGAAGGAGAGCCGGGAGACACCAGCCCCGUUUGGAAAGACGCUUCUCUGGUUUAGCCUGGGCAGACGCUUUAUCGCCAGGUUUUUAUCUCCAGAGUUUCUUCCUUCUACUUCACGGGCACUUUAUUUAAAGUCUCCGGGGAAGGUCUGGAGUGGGGAACCGAUGGCAUCCCUGGCAGGAGAGAUGCCCAAAUCCAGCAGAAAAUUCAGUGCCCAGGAAGGAGUUCCUAGUGCCAUCAGCAGUCCCUGCCCAGCCUUGCCAGACCCGGCCAACCGCUUUGCGUUGUUCUUGGAAAGUUGUGUGCCUGUUGCGAAUUCCUUGAACUUUGGCAUUGGGAGCCCACUACUGUUGGGCCCCCCAUCUUUGCAGCUGGCCCAGCUUAAGACACAGCUGGCCUUGCACCAGUUGAACGCGGUCACCUCUGGUAACCACACUUCUCCCGCCUUGUCACUGCUCAACCUGCUGAAGGUCACCAUGUCUCACCCAAUGUACAAUCCCAGAGGCCCCUUCCCUAGCCAGAGACCCUUGGUUUCCACCCAGUUUGGCAUGAGCAACCCCCCUGGGAUGGACAUGAGUGGUGGGUGCGUUGGACCUCAGGGUAUGGGGGCCACAGGAAUGAUGUCCCAGAUGAUGCCUCAGCAGAUGGGUUUCCAGUUGCCCCAGCGCAACGCACCAGUGUCUCAGGACUUGGAAUCCUCUAUAGACAUGCACAUCCGUGGGGCCAGAGAGGAGGUCCGAAUGCUUAACCAGAUGCUGCAGCAGCAGAAAAUGGAUCCCCGCCUGCGGAAGAAGACAAGAGAAGAUAUCUUGCCAGCAGGGCCGGGCUUUGUUGGGCAGAGUGUGGCCAACAGAGCAGACGACCAAGGCCCAGACUGGUCCGUCUAUCAGAAUUCGCAAACAAAGCUCUUUUCAUCGCAGAUGCUGACGCAGCCAGCUCCGUCUACUAAGGUUUUCCCAUCCUCUGGGUUUGGAGGUCCACCUGAGAGGAUGCAAGGAGAGAGAGGAGGUUCGGAGAACCAGCCAGUACUGAUUCCCGGAGAGAGACAGCAACACAGGUACACCACAGAGAGUGCUACGAGCAUCCUGGCCAGUUUUGGGCUGUCAAACGAGGACCUGGAGUUGCUGAGCCACUACCCGGAUGAACAGCUUACUCCAGACAAUCUGCCAUUCAUUUUACGGGACAUCAGGGUCAGGAAGUCGAAGAUAAAUUUUCCUGAGGUCGAGCAGUCACAAGCUAGAUCUGGUACCCAAGAGCGCCUAGGCAGCGAGCCUCGCCAGAGCAAGGUCAUUGACUAUGGACACUCGAGCAAGUUCGGCUACUCCGAGGGCGGCCGGGACGGCUUCAAACGGGAGCACUUGGCUAAAGAAAUGGCGAAGGCAGAUUUUGCUUCCUCUGGAGCAUCCUCGAAAUUUCCGAUGGAGGGGUCAAGCUCCUCUUUCUCGAGCGGGAAGGGUCGCGGUCUGCCUCUGCCUAAGAAGCUGCCGAUGGACGCGAGUAAGAAACAGCCCGGCGGUGAAGUGGAGCAAUCGAGGAGAGCGAGAGACCCUGCCUCACAAAAGCCAGCGGCGCCCGGCAUGGCCACCCCUUCUUCCAGCAUGUCCAGAAGCAAUCCCAUCGGCCUGGUGGAAGGCAGUGGAGUGGUGAAGCCGGGUUACCUCGCGCAGAAAACGGCCUGGGCCCCACCCUUCCCCCUGAGCGACUCUUCAGCUGCCAAGAGACUGCCUACUCCAACCAUGAUGAAUGAUUACUACGCUGCCUCCCCGAGAAUCUUUCCCCAUACUUGUUCUCUGUGUAACGUAGAAUGUAUGGUGAUGAAGGAUUGGAUUGAGCACCAGAACAACAGCCUUCAUAUUGACAGCUGCAGACACUUGCGCAAACAGUACCCCGACUGGAACCCGGAGGCCAUUUCCAAUCUGAGGAAUGAGUCCCGCGGCUCUCCCGAGCGCCGGUGCGCGAAGCGCCGGACCCGAUCCAGCAGCCGGUCAUGGUCCCGCUCCCUCAGCCCGUGGCGGUACCGGGGGCGCUCGGGGUCGAGGGGUCGGGGCGCCCGCGGCCCGCGCCGGCUGAGCCCCCGCCGGCGGCACCGGUCCUCCAGCAGCGAGAGGCUGGCCAAGAAGCUCAUCGAGUCCACCGGAUUGUCUGUCUCUGAGAACACAACGCUGGAGGCUAUGAUGCAGUCUCUGGCCCCAGCCAUUCUAGCAGAGCUGGCCAAGAAGAAGGUGGUGAGCUCUUCCUCCUCCAGAUCUAAUGUUGCUGGCAUCAAGAGCUCCAAGACCCUCUCCUCUCCCUCUGCCAAGAAGAGUGAGGCCGUAGGAAAAUCCAGCUCAGUAUCUAUGGCAAAAUUCGGCUCCUUGGCAAAACACGGGCCUUCAGUAGCCAAAUCCAGCUCUUUUUCAGCAGGCAAAUCCAGCUCUUCUUCAUCAAAGGGACCAGCAGCAUCCUCUAACAAGGAAGGGGAGGUGACUCCCAAAAUGGUGAAAGUCAAGAAGAAAAGUGCUCUGCCUGGCAAUACAGUCAUUCGCCUCAAGGAUUUGCCUUUUGGCGUCAGUCAGCCGGACAUUUUGGAAGUGAUGAAGCCCUAUGGAAAAGUCACUUCAGCUGUGGUCUCGAAGGAUUCCGAGCAGGCUACUGUGGUGAUGGAGAAGGAGGAGGAGGCCAAAGCCUUCAUGGAGACGAUUAAGCGCGCACCCUUUUUCAUCCAAGGGAAAUCGGUCAGGAUCUUCUUGGAGAAGAGUGAGGCAGUUGUAAAGGAAACAAAGAAGCUGUCCAACACUAAAAAGAAAGAAAUGCCCAAAACCUCCACACAAACAAAAGUUCCAGCUGUUAAAAAAACAGAUGUUCUUAUUUACUGUACAGGUAACCCUCCUGUGAAGGCAAAGGAUAAAAAAAAAUGUGUCAUUCAGAUCUCUGGUCUUCCUGAAAGUGACUACACCGAAGAAGAAAUCACUAAGCUUGCUGUACCAUUUGGGUUUACCUCAGAGCUUAUUAUAUCACCUUCACAUGGCAAGGCUUUCAUGGAGCUGCCAGAUGUGGAGUCAGGGGAAGCUAUGGUCAACACUUACAAGUCCGCCCCUGUGAAGAUCAAGGAGAGUGAGCUGACCAUUACUCUGAUAAAAAGACCUGUGGAUCUGCAGUGUUCGGAGGUGCAGUUCCGAGAGGUUCUUGGACUGGACAAAUCUGCGGACGCCACUGGUCUGGCCGAGAGGCUGGUCAUUGUCAGCAAUGUGCCGAGGAGCACCCGAGCUGGUAAAGAGGUGCAGGACCUGGUGAAGAAGUUUGGCACCUGGAAGCACUGUGUCAUUGUCAACAACAAGAUCACUUUUGAAAUGCAGACUGCAGCUUCUGCCAAGGCAGUAUAUCAGUGGUUCACGAAGUUCCCCUGCAUUAUUCAGAACAACCCUCUCACUUUCUCACUGUCUGCAAAGGUUCCUGUUAAAGAAGAGGUUAAAAAGGAGAAAAAAGAAAAACCGGAAUUAAAAAGUACCAAAGGAGGAGGCAGACCUAUGCAAGCAAUGAAGAAAGCUGCUGCUGGCACAAAGCCUUCUGCCUCGGCCACAGCCAGAGCCAAAACUGCAGUCCAGGCAAAGGCUCAGACAACCACCAUGGCUUCCACAGACACCGCAAAACCCGCCGCGUCCACCACCACGAGCAACACUGCCCCAACUCCCGGACACUCUGCUAGUCUUGCCGCAGGCCCUGCUGUGCCCACUUCGGGCCCCAGCACACCUGCCGCUGCCGAGCCUGCUGUGAAAGUCGAGAGCACGGCCUCAGCGCUGCCUGCAGCCGUGGCUGAAGCCUGCAGUGCGUCAGCCUCCUCCCGCCAGCCAUCUGCAAUCGAAACCCAGCCUCAGCCCGUGGCUUCGGCUUCGCAGCUCUUUGACACAGCCAAGCCUGGUGAAGCCACAGGCCUGAAGGCGGGAAGCGAAGAGCCCACUGCUUCUCAGGGCGGAGCUGAGGACAAGCUGCGUGCCAGCUCUGGGACAGAAGACCAGCAUGAUCAGCCUAAAGCUGGUGGUCCAACAACAGAAGAUGAGAGCAGCCCAGCAACUGGCAAAGCAAGGAAAGAGGCAACAUCUGUUGAAGAUGUCUCUGCUCAGGCUGUGUCUUGUGGCGAAACUGAAAAAGGUCCCAGCAUUUUGAAUGAAGCCAGUACAACAAUGGGAGGGACAGAAUUUUUUCCAGCUCAGGUUGUGAAUUCCACUGGGCAAGCAAUGCAUCAUACAAAUUCGGGUAAGUCAGAAUUGGUAGGUGCAUCAGCAGCUCCCACAUGUCAAGCUUCCUCUGAUCCAUUUAUUUCAAGCAAUACAGCAACAUUCAAUGAAGGCGAUGCAAGACCAAGUAGCACAGUUAAAACAGAGUUGCCACCUCCUGUAGAUUCCUUAACCCUCACUGAGCAGACUGUAUCAGUUAAGGAACCUGCCGAUUCCAGGCUUCCUGUGGACAGUGGUGGCCACAAACCAGCACUCACAGUGAGCACAAGGAACGCACAGUCCGCUGAAUCUGAGGACAGCUCUGUUCCAGCAAAGACUGCUGCAGAAACUGGCCUGAGCACGAUGAAAGUGAUGGCUGCUGACCCCAGAGCUGCUAAAGCUGAGGAUCACAGGCAGACCAAGGACAGCGUCACUCUGGAGUCUGGAGCUUUGGUGGGCUCUGCGGCACCCGGUGUCCCAGAACAAAGAACGGUGCAAACGCCAAAGCAGGCUAAGAGCCCAUCCAGCUUGACCCCUGUCAGAGUGAAGGAAGAGGGAGCUUUUGAAUUUCCUCAAGAUGAGGACACCAAGUGCCUUGAGUUCCCCCCCGUGACAGAGGAAAUCCUCAGGGCUCUGGAGGCAGCGGUUCACGAGUGCCGCAUGCGGUCAUCGAUGAGGCGUGGCGGCGGCGUGAGCUCAGAGCAGCUCUCGCACAGAGAGAGCGACGCCAAGGCUGCCCCGAGCAAGGGAAGCUCCAGGCCAGGGGCCCGGAGGGGAGACCCGGGCUCGGACAGGGAGCCCCGGGGUCAGGAGGACGAACCGCUGGGGGACAGGCCCGGCACAGCAGUGCGCAAGGCGGGCUCCGCCAAGGGGCACAGGGGGGUGCAGGCCGGCAGCCCCAGCUCCGGCACCAAAAGGGGAAGGGAACUGGAGGACCAGGACAGGAGGUCUUCCAGCCACGAGGAGAGCAAGCGCAAGAGCUACAGCUCUGGCAAAUCUACCCGGUCGUCGCGGAGCAGCACCAAAUCACGGCACAACAAACCAAUAGAGGAAUGGAUGGAAGAUUCGUCACCGUUUACCGAAGAGACGGUGGGCAUGUUUCCAUUUGACCUGGACGAGUUCGUCACGGUGGAUGAGGUGGGAGACGAGGGAGAGGGGGAGCCCAGGAAAGAGCAGGAGCCAGACCCCGAGCUGCCCGUGGAAGAAGGGGUGUUGUCCAGGCACCACUCUCCUCCUGCCCCUGAGCCUCCUGGCAAGCGCAGGAGGCCUGGGUCCGCGGACGCCAAACAGAAGAAACUUGCUCCGAAAACCCACAAGCUGCAGAAAAAAUCGCCCAAAGUUUCAGCUGCCAAAGCAAAGCUGCAGAAGAAAGGUGCGAAAGCAGGGGGCUGCAAGGUGCAAGCUAAAGGCAAGGCAGUACCUCCCACUGCUGUGGAAGAAGCCCCACAGCCGGCCGACAGGGCUGCGGAGCCAGACAGCCAGCAGGAGGACUCGGUCAGUCCCCUAGGCAAGGGAGAAGAGGUGGAGAAGGAACCACAGACGGAAACGCAAUCCUUUCCUGCUGCAGACAGCCCCCACGAGCCUGCAACACAACCUUCAGCACCCGCAACAGCAGGAGAAAGCACAGCCAAGGACAAGCCUCAGAAAUGUAAACAGGCAGCGAAGGAGCUACAGAAGGCAGCAGCGGCAGCAGAGGAUAAAGCUCAGGAUGUCUCUGCAGUCACAACAGCGGAAGGAGAAGUGAAGAAAACUGCUGCUGCUAUUGCCAGACAGCCAGACGAGUCUCUGGAACCCGCCACGGCUGGAGAGGCUGGGCAGGGAGCUCCAGAGCCCGAGACUGAUGCCUCACCGGAGGAGGACAGCUCGGAAGUGGCUGCUGUGGUGCGUAAGGCACCUGCAAUGGUGACGCUGGAUGAGGUGAGCGAGGAGGAGGAGGAUUACCCUGAGGAUGAUGAGGAGGAGCGGCUACAGCGGGGCUUGGUUGGUGUCUGUGACUCGGAGGCUCUGGUGACUGUUGACGAGAUCGGGGGUGAGGAUGACCCCUUCCUGCACGCAGUGAGGGACCUGCAGGCCCUUGUCACGCUGGACGAGAUCGUGGAGGAGGAGGGCAGCGGGAGUCCCAACCCCGAGUCCUUCCCAUUUGGCCUAGGGGAUGAGUCCGAGGAUGCCUUCCUGCCAGAGCAGAUUCUGGUGACCCUGGAUGAGACAAAGGGUGAUGAUGAAGAGGCAGCAGAGGAAAAUGGGAAGUGUCUUGAGCCAAUGGAGGAGCUCAAGCCACAGUCCCCAGGCCCCCCAGCAGAGACCAGCAAGCAGGUGGAGGAGUGGCUGUGUGAGGAAGAGGAGGAGCUUCCUGAGUUGAGCUUUGUCACUGUGGAUGAGGUUGUGGAGGAAGAGGAAGAGACUGAGAAGCGGCAGCUAUUGGAAGAGCUGGCGUGUCCCCUCCAGAAGGGAGCAGGCCGGCCCAAGAAGAGGCGCCGUCAGGCCGCUGCCACUCUGGUGAGGAAGCCUGGGCGAGGGCGACAGCAAGUCAGCUGGACAGCGGCUGAAGUGAAGGAGGAGGAGCCCGAAACCCAGGCAGAAGCGGAUUUUAACCCUGUGGAUGCAGCUCCCCGUCCUUCUGUGCCACAGGACCCAGCCUUUGAUGCUACAGGAUCCCUGUCACUCAGAGACACUCUGCAGGAGCCCAGUCCAGGAGCAGUGAAACAGGAACCUGAACCUAGUAGAGAAACUGAACAUGUGCCCUCAAGGACUCCUCAGCUGAGGACUGGUCCUAGUGAACUCCCUGCAUCAGCGGAGCUCUCCAAGGUCAAGCUGGAGCCCUUUGACCCCACUUACCUAGUGGACAGCAAAGCAGACAGGAGUCUUGUGGUGAACCAAGAGCGCCCAGACACCAGAGUCAAAGAAGAGUCCAAACUGCGACAGGACACGGUUGAACUGGAGGAGCCCCAGCUGAAGAAACCGCGAUCUGCCUUUCCCUUAUCCAGCAACUUCAAGAUGCCUCCCUUCAACCCCCAGAGCCCUAUUGGAUUGGAAUUCGUGGUUCCAAAGACGGGUUUCUUUUGCAAGCUGUGCUCCUUGUUCUAUGGUAGUGAGGAGGCAGCCAAGAAGAUGCACUGCAGCAGCCUGAAACACUACCAGAACAUGGAGAAAUUCCUUUCUAAGCUGAGAGCACAGCAAGCUGAUGACACGACAUAAGGAUCAAGAGUCAUAGCAGCAUCCAGCUGACUCUCCCUGUCUUGUCUGAUCUUGGUUCAUGGGUCCACUUCACCGCUGUACAUUCUUCUUUUGUUUUCAUUUUAGAAUUCACGAUUUUAUGAAAAAUGAGAAAUGCAGAACUGUGUACAAUAAUAAAACAAAACUGUUUUACUGUCAGAUCCCUUUGAUGCUUUUCAUGAAUCUUGGUCCAGAUAUGAGCUCUUUUUCACAAUCUUAUUUAACUUUAGUCCAAAACAUCCAUGAAAUUACCAGGCCACCAGACUGCUAUCUUUGUUCUCACAUUCUUCUGAAAAUCUGCAUAAAUUAAUACACUUUCUUUUAUGGGGGGAAAGAAAGGUGCAAGAAUGUCCAUUUGCUGUUAACCAAAUUGGUUACAGCUUUAGACAUAUAACUGUAAACUGUUUUUUCUGUGAAGGAACUGUUGUUUUCAGUCUUACGUAUUUUUCCUUAGUUUCUCUACAUGAUAGUUCUGCUGUUGUAAAAUUGAAUUCUAUUCCUAUUGAUACCGGCUUCAUUAUUCCAGCAGUGUUCGACUUGGGGAUCAUUGCGGUCCUGUGUUCAUUUUUAUGCCUGCCUUUGACUGCAAAAUAUGUAUUUAAGCACAUUAAAUUUACCAAUGGUGGCAAAGUUUUAACAUUUUUUAGAA